CAAAUCCCACUCUGAACCAUAUCCAAAUGAACCGAAGACAAAAUUAUACACACCCGGCUGAACUACCUAUCACGAUUCACGGUUGGGAAUAUCUCCCCAUGAAAAGGCUGAAAAAGGCUCUGAAGCGUGUCCAGGGUGCAUAGGUACGGAGAUAUUCCCAAUGGUGUUCCAACGGGACUUCCACUGAUUGAAGCCGAGUUCGUCAAAUUCAACCGCCCAUAGCAUGAUAGCAUCGCACCCGCCAAAUUGGCGCCAAAAUCCACUGCACCUCUCUCUCUCUCUCUCCAUGUCGCUUAAUUCGCUUAUUGUGCUCUGUAUUCUCUCUUCCAUGACUAUGCAACCUAGAUCUCUACGAUCUCCUCAAGAAAUCGAAAUUCUUUCACUUCGUCUCUCCAAGGCGGAGAGCACCACGAUACCUUCGAAUUCGACUUCCAUGCAAUCGUCUAAUGACACGAUAUCAAAUUCUCCUCUGGUUCCGGCAUUAUUUGUUCUUGGAGAUUCGUCAGUUGAUUGCGGCACCAACAAUUACCUUGGCACGUUUGCCCGUGCUGAUUUUUUGCCGUAUGGCAGGGACUUUGAUACGCACAGGCCGACUGGGAGGUUCUGCAAUGGGAGGAUCCCCGUUGAUUAUCUCGCAUUACGCCUGGGCCUUCCCUUUGUACCCGCGUUCCUUGGGCAGGACGGAACAGUUGAAGACAUGAUCCGUGGAGUCAAUUUCGCUUCUGCUGGUUCUGGAAUUAUUUUCUCGAGCGGGUCAGAACUGGGUCAACACAUCUCCUUAGUGCAGCAGAUUCAGCAGGCUACAGAUACCUUCCAACAGUUCAUAUUAAGUAUGGGAGAGAUGGAAGCAAAUGAUAUCAUCUCAAAGUCGGUCUUCUAUCUUUCAAUUGGAAGCAAUGACUAUAUACAUUACUACCUGCGUAAUGUAUCAAGAGUGCAGUCUCUCUAUCUGCCAUGGGAUUUCAACCAGCUCUUGGCAACAAUAGUAAAGCGAGCUCUGAAGAACUUGUACAAUGCUAGUGUAAGGAGGGUGGUGGUGAUGGGACUGGCUCCAAUCGGUUGUGCUCCUCACUACUUGUGGCAGUACAACAGUAAGAAUGGAGAGUGUGUAAAGGAAAUAAACGACAUGAUAGUGGAGUUCAAUUUUGCCAUUAGAUAUAUGGUUGAGGAACUUCGUCUAGAGCUUCUUGAUGCCAGUAUCAUUUUCUGUGAUGCAUUUGAAGGUUCUAUGGAUAUAAUGAAGAACCACAAACACUAUGGUUUUGAGGUCACUACUGAUGCUUGCUGUGGGUUGGGCCAGUAUAAGGGUUGGAUCAUGUGCAUAUCACCAGAAAUGGCUUGCUAUAAUGCAUCCAAUCAUAUCUGGUGGGACCAGUUUCAUCCAACAGAUGCUGUGAAUGCUAUCCUAGCAGACAAUGUGUGGUCUAACCUGCAUACAAACAUGUGCUAUCCCAUGAAUUUGCAGGAUAUGGUAGUGCCAAAGGCCAAAAAACUUGAUUGAGGAGCUUCUGAAAUGUCCAUCUCCUAAAUGCAUUGUGACAAGUACCCAAUUAUUUGAUAUAUCUCGAUGAUGCUUGGGUCCUGUAUGAUUGCCAGUGAUGGUAAUGUCAAGUACUUACAUAUGACUGGACCUGAUUAUGAUGUUGCAUUUUUGUGAAGACUAUAAGCUUGUCUGGUAUUAACAAAAUGGUUUCUUCUUUUUAGUUUCUUUUUUCUUGUCAAUCAUUCAAAAGUGUAGUACUUAUGUGGAAUUGGAUUUCUUUAAAGAAUACUUUUAUGUUAA